UUAUCUUCUCUCUGUACCUCUUGUUUGAUCAAAUCUGCCCCUUCCAUUCUUUAUAUAAACUCUCCUUCUUGUCCACAAGAAGUACGGAGAGAGAGACACAGAGAGAAUUAACAACAAUGGAAGACAAUGAUGCAUGUAUCCAUGGCUGCCCUCAUUGCCAGCAUACGCCGUCAUUUUACUACUUCUCUACCUGUUCUUCUCCUCCCCAACAUAUCCCAAACUGUUCUUUUUUCCAUGAUCAUGAUGUCCUUACAUUCCCUUGUUCUUCUACAUGCCAACAUAAAUGCCCAUCACCACGGCCACCUGUUAAAGCCGAAGAGAUCACACCACCCCUCAAGGUACGGCGGACCAAAGAAGAUAUAAUUAAGGAGACUACAAAAGAAUAUCGAGAAAAACAGCCUACGGUGCAGUCCAGGCUCCCUGAAAUAGACGAGGAAGAUCCAUGUUGGAGUGAUCUAAGUCUUUAUAUCACAGCACUUCAGCAUAGCCUAGUGAUAACUUGGACUUCUAUGAUCAGUCCCUACAUGCUAGCGGCGGUGAUGGGUGGUGGAAAUGUGGGGAAGGCCGAGGCAAUCCAGAGUUCGCUCUUUACAGCGGCCAUAAGCACAAUCUUGCAGUAUAAAUGGGGUUCUCAGCUUCCUGUGAUGAUGAAAACAUCCGACGCCUUCAUAAGCACUGCCAUCUCCAUUGCUAUAUCAACUAACAAUAAAUAUAGUGCCACACUUCUUCCACGUCAGAGGUUUAAACUAUCCAUGAGACGCAUACAAGGAGCAAGUAUUAUUGCGUCCUUGCUCCAAAUCAUCAUUGGUUUCUCUGGUGCGGGGGUGCUCUUUGCAAGUCGUAUUGCUAUUGUCGCUUCUAUUCCUCUUGUUACUGUCACCGGAGUUGGGUUGUAUCAACGUGGAUUCCCAAAGUUGAAGAAGUGUAUUGAAAUUGGACUCCCAGCAAUAUUUAUUGUGAUUUUCUCAACCCAGGUGUUUUCCCGUUUUUGGAAAUCAGAAAAUAGCAUUGCUAGGCGAUUUGCAGUCACAUUAUCGGUGGCAUUUAUAUGGACUAUUUCAGAAAUUGUGACUGUUUCUGGCAAAUUCGAUAAUGCUUCUCAAGAAAAACAAACCAACUGUCGUACUGAUCGUUCUGGACUCAUUGCUGCUGCACCUUGGAUAAAUAUACAAUUGAUCCAUCCAUUUCAAUGGGGAAAUCCCACUUUUGAAGUUCGUGAUGCUUUUUUAAUGAUGGUCGCUUCUAUUGUUGCUACCAUAGAGUCUAUUGCUACAUUUUCUGCCGCAGCAAGACAUAGCAAAGACGUUCGUGCAUCCCCUCCUACACCCGAUCAUUCAACUUCUGAUGAUGAAAGUUCUUAUCGCUCAAAAGGAUUAGAGAGUGCCCUGCCCAUUGUACCUUUUGUACUGCGUAAUGCAAUCGGGUUUCAGGGAAUUGGAACUUUUAUUGAUGCAGUGUUUGGUAUGGGACUUGGCUCCAUUGCUUCAACUGAACAUGUAGGUUUAUUGGGAUUAACAAAGCGAGUCAGCCCAAGGAUUGUGCUUGUAGCAGCAAUUUUUCUGCUUGUAUUUUCUAUGAUAGGAAAACUUGCGGUUAUUCUCGCUUCUAUACCCUUGCCAAUUGUUGCAGUUCUGUAUAUUGUAUUCUUUCCCUAUGUGGUUUCAACUGGUCUUGAAGAUAUCAAUUACUGCGAUUUGAAUAGAUUCAGGCCAAGGUUCAUUCUAGGGUUUGCUCUCUUUGCGGGUGUCUCCAUCAAUAACUACGACAGUGCAUAUGAUGUAUUUUCUGGUCAACCCCUUCCUAAUAACUCCUCCUGGUUCAAUGACUUAUUGCAAGUGAUUGCCUCAUCCCCACCAACAAUUGCAAGUGUAUUAGCCAUCAUUUUUGACGUUUUGAUGGCUAAACCCUCCAUAGAAGAAGGGAAAGAGGCUAAAGAAACACUGAAGAAGCCAGAGGAGGUGCUGCGAGUGGAGGUGGUGCGAUUGAGACCUCUAGCAGAUGAUUUGAGGUCUUUAAUUGAUAAAAAUCAUUCAGCGGGUUCUCUCUUUGGGAAACUGUUCUCGCAAAAACAUUGA